CGGAACAAUAGAAACAAACAAAAAGACCAGUGGAGUUUGUGACGGGCACAAGUUUCGACACAACGGUACGGUUUUUAAUGAAGAAAUAUUUGUACAGUCAAUGUUACGUGUAGCCAAUUGUACAGUCAGUGUUGCGUGUAGCCAAUUGUACAGUCAGUGUUACGUGUAGCCAAUUGUACAGUAGGUGUUACGUGUAGCCAAUUGUACAGUCAGUGUUGCGUGUAGCCAAUUGUACAGUAAUUGCUGCGAUCUUUCGGACAAUAAAGUGUUACGUUAUUUUGGAGUUCUUAGUCAUCAAGAUCUUUGAGUUUUUAGUUUCGUGUGGAGCAGAUCGCAAAGAGCCUAGACAGAGCAAGUCGUUUCAGUGUUUUGAUUGCUUAAAUAGAUUAGGAAAGUGCAUAAAGAAGUUUCAAGAUUCAGUGUUGGAUUAAAUAACAAACUUAACAAAGAAAAUACUCCUUCUUGUCGUCAUGUAGAAAUAGUGAUUAUUUAAAAAACAACAUUAUAAUAUUUUUUGCAAUCAAAUAUAGAAUGAAUUUCUUAUUUUGGCUUGUAGGACUCACUCUGGUUCUGGUGUCUAGUGUAGCUAGUAAUAACACACUAAAUAUUUGUCAGAGAAAUGAACUUCAUCUCGUUAUAGUUAUGACCUGUCAGUUUCAGACAAUGAACUGGGACAUGAUCAAAAACAUUUUUACAUUUUUUAAACUUACUGACUCAGAGAAUGCAUCUAGAAAAAUGACCGUGACAUUGAUAGAUAUGUUAAGUUUAAAUAACAUGACUCUAAAUGAUUCAAACAUUAACAAUGUUUCCGAACUUUGUCACGUGGAAGAUUAUGAUAAAUCAAAUUCAAACGAAAAUGUAUUGAAACUGAAUGCUUACAUUUUGGAAAAAGAUAAUAAUUCUUCUAAACUAUUCUUUCUAUACAUUUUAAGUAAUUCGUAUCAAAUCUAUUACCAUUUUGUGGAAAACGUUUUAUUCAAAUUAAAAUUUAUCGAAUAUUUUAUAAUUAAUAUACUUCAUAAUGACUAUGGUUUCUGUGAACCGUACAGUCAUCCUUACAUGCUUACAAUCAACAUCCACGACGACCUGAAGUAUAACAAUGAUUUUAGUCUGAAACUAUGUUCUCGUUGCUUAGAUGGCUGGUUUCCAAUUCUUGAUGCAUCCAAGAACUCUUUUAUUACUUCAUGUAUUCUAUUUGAAGAAGAAAAAAAUCUCAUAAGUUGGCAGUAUGCUGUCAACUACUGCAAACGAAUAGGUCGAAUUUGUUUACGUUUGAAGCAAGUUUAGAUUUUGAACUCUUGAAGUCUAGCUUAAAAAUGUCAUUAAAAAACUUAACAAAAGAUAAUUUUCAACGAAAUGAUUCAAAUUCAAUAAUGAUUUACUUAGGAAUGUAUAAACUAAAAGCUGGAAAUAAUGAACAAUUAUUGUGGACAAAUAAGAGAAAAGUGAAUUCAUUAAUAUAUUUAAUAGUGAAACAAAACAAAAAUUCUCUGAAUACGACAAAGGUCUGUUUUGCUUGGAAGUACAACAGUUUGCAAAUUGAAGAGAUAUUCCGGGUUGAUUGUGGAGCUAAAAUCACAAAAUAUUUACUGUGUGAGAAAAAAAUUAAAAAACCUUUUUUACAUCAAGCAACUUUAAUGAAUCAUUCAGUAAUACAGAGAUAUACAGUUCCUAAUAAUAAUUUUAUUAUUACAAAAAACAAGAUUAUUUCUGUAUCCAAUGUUAAGAGUUUAAUCACAAUUACAUUUCCGACAUUUGUUUGUACCAAGAGUUUAUCUAUUUCCUACAACUAUGUGUGUGAUGGAAUCAAAGAUUGUUGGAAUGGCGAGGACGAACAAGUUUGUACUUAUGAAUUUAAAUUAUUAAUGUUCUGCCUUGAAACAAAUCAGUUCUUAUGUCCCGAUUCUAAUUUGCAUAGACGUAAAUGUAUUUCUGAUAGUCAAGUGUGUGAUAUGAUUGAGGAUUGUCCUGAUGGAAGUGAUAAAUCAAACUGUGAUGAUUGUUUUCUGACUCAGUGCUCACCAAAUGUUUGUAUUCCCGACCAUUGGACGCUGAAUUGUUCCACCAUUAACUAUUUAAGAAUGAAUGAAACUAGUAAUGGUAUGAGUCUGUUAAAUAGUAAUGUUUCUGAGCCUAUAGUUCACAAUUUGUUAGAGUUUAUAACGUUAUGUAGCAAGACUUUGCAAGUAAACAAGACAUUCAUCGAACAAAGUCAAUACAAUAGUUUUUGGACACCAACAUGUAUUUAUAUGAGGGAUAGACACGGUACCACUAUCGGUUGUUCUGAUUUAUCUCAUUUGUCUAAUUGUACAACUUUUAUAUGUCCCGAAAGUUUUUUCAAAUGCCGAAAUUCUUAUUGUAUUCCUAAUAUAUUUGUGCUUGAUAUGGUCUUAGAUUGUCCUCUUGGGGAAGACGAAGAAGACGAAAUGAGUAAUUAUAGGGGAUUAUACUUUUCUUGUUAUAAAACUUUAAAAAAAAUACAUCCCAUUUAUAUUUGUGACGGCAAGCCCAAUUGCCCUCGAGGUGAUGACGAACUGAACUGUAUAAACCCAAUAUGUCCAUCUGGUUUUUUUUGCCUGGACGGGACGGUCACUGUAAACAACACUAACAUUUUGUUAAACAUGUCUUCUUUUUCUCCAAACACAUUUUUAAACAUUUCGGGUAUUGAUUUGUCGCGAUCAGAUAAUAUGAUAAACAUACUUAUAUUGAAAAGGCUUCUGGUUUUCGUUGCGUCAAGAUGUCAUAUUAAUGACAAAACUCCAAUUAAUGCUAAAAAUUAUAUAGUUUAUCAUUUAGACAUAAGCUACAAUGAUAUUGCGAAGUUUACUUACUCUGAUUUUAUUUCACAAUUUUCCAAUCUUCGUUUUUUAAAUGCCUCAUAUAAUGACAAUCUUAGUCUCAUUCCAAAAUUUUAUUUUCUACGAUUAGAACAUCUUGUUUUACUUGAUCUUUCAUUUACGAAAAUUACGCACAUAAGUUUAAAUUUUAAUGGUAAAUUACGUUUCAUAAGUGUUUCAGUUACAAACUUAGGAACUGUGGUUCUCUCGAAUUAUGCCCUCUAUGAAAUGAUAGACUUAAGAAAAACUCGUAUUUCUGAUACAAUGAAAGAAAAAUUUUUUAACAACAUCACUGUAAAAGGUAAAGUUUUAGCAGACUAUAAACUUUGUUGUUCAUAUUUCAGAGGAGAAAAUCUUCUAGCACAUCAAUGUGAAGCAGAGGAACAAACUUUAUCAACUUGUGAAGAUCUUAUUGGGGAUUUUUUAAAAAGAGUCUUGCUCUGGAUUGUUGCAAUUUGUGCAGUUUUUGGAAAUAUGAUCACAUUGGGCUACCGUAUUUCAUUUGAAAGGGCAACACUUCAUCUGACAUAUGUAUUAUUUGUUACUUGUCUUGGUGUCUCUGAUCUUCUAAUGGGCGUUUACCUUGUCAUUAUUGCCUCUGUAGAUGUAGUUUAUAGAGAUGUUUAUAUUGUAUAUGAAAUGUCUUGGAAACAAAGCACACUGUGUCAGAUAGCCGGAACUUUGGCAACAUUGUCCAGUGAAACGUCCACUUUUUUCAUUCUGCUCAUAACAUUUGAAAGAUUUCUGACCAUCAGAUUUCCUUUUGGUGAGCACAAAAUCUCAAACAUGGGUAAAUAUAUUUUAAUUUCUUUUGCAUGGUGUUUAGGAUUUUUCUUGUCAAUUGUUCCACUUAUAUAUCCUGAGAUGUCAUUAUAUGCUACUAGUGAAACAUGUCUAGCUUUUCCUUUAAGGAAGUCCAGUGGUAUCGCUUGGGCUUACUCAGUGACCGUAUUUCUUUUCCUUAACUCUGUUUUAUUCGUUGUUAUCGCCUUUGGUCAGUUUUUAAUUUUCAUAACAAUAUCUCAGCAUAGUUCUAAGUUUAAAAAUGAAAAUCAAUCUUCUGCUAGAAGAGCAGAUAACAUUACAGUGGCUCUCAAACUGUCAGUAGUAGUGCUGUCCAAUUUUAUCUGUUGGUUUCCAGUUUGUGUCAUGGGAAUAAGAACAGUGGUCAGUGACUAUGAGGUCACUCGAGAGACUUAUGCCUGGAUAAUAGCUUUAGUGCUACCCAUCAACUCAGCCCUAAACCCAGUUCUGUAUACUUUGCCACGUAUCUCUAAAUCUUGGACAGACUUUAAACGCAGAAAGUCUUCACAAUUUUCCAGAUCUCAAAAUCCUUAACUAUCAAAAGAGAAUUGAUUAGAAAGUAUCAAAAUAAUUAAAAUGAAAGUACCAGAUAGAUUUGAUAUCUAUUUGUUGUGAGAUUGUGGAUGCUAUUUACUGUUGCUUAACGUCCUGAGAAUAUAUUUAUAGCAUUGAUUUGUAUCUUGUCUAAUUUUUUUAUACAAAAUUGUCUGUAGUUGUCGUUGCUUAAUACACUGAAUUUGAACCUUUUGUUUUUCGGACACUCGUGUUUAUGGCCACAUUACUUUAAAUCAUAAAAAAUACAUUUUUGUUAGCUCUUAUAAACCUUUACAUCAAUAGCAAGGAAACAUUUUUGUUAACCAGCCCAUGUCUUUUACCGUUUAUUAUUUUGCUUAUUUAUAAAUGCUUUUAAAAAGUGUUGACUCAGAUUACCUCUUCCUUCUCCUCACCCCCACUUCUUUGGUCCAGACAAGUGAUAGGAUCAUAGCAUAAUGAGAAAGCUAAAAGCAUAAAAUUACUUUUAGCAAAAACAUUUGGUGUAAACAUUUCUAAUCUCAAAGAUGUAUUAUUGUUAUUCUAUAUCUAUUACCAAUUUAAUUACAUGACUCAUCCAUACAAAUGAAUAAUGCUACGCUUAAUAUAAGCUAUUCCUUUAAAAAAGUUUUUGCUUGAAUCUUCGGCUUUAUUUUUUUUUUGUCAUCGGUCAUGAAAACAUAAAAGAUUAUGUUUAGAGGGGUACCCCGUGAAAAUAGCGCGGGAAAAUAGCGCCGACUAAAAUAGCGCGAACAAAAUAGCGCCGACAUAAAAGCGCAGAAAAAAAAAUAUUUUAGUCAUUUUGAAAGAAAUACUUUAGAUAUCGUAAAAUAUUAUUAGAGACAUUUUUUUUUCUUUUAAUGUUAUCAUAAUUUUUCAGUUAUUUUGCAGGAAACAUUUAAGAUAUCGUAAAACAUAAAUAAGCAAAUAACAAAUAAAUAAGUAAAAAUAAUAAUUUUAAAAUAUAGUAUUUAUUUACUUUAUAAAACUGUACUUCGAAAACACGCAAAGAUACUUGUCAAAAUUUACACACACAUACACACAAAUUUCACAAAGUUAAAUUGAAGGAAAUGUCACGUAGAAAUUCCAUCACUGGCUUGUUUCCGUACAAUGGCAAUAUAGUUUCAAGUCGUCUGUUAAGUUGGAGGCACUUUGUCUUGCUUGCAGUUUGACUUCGUUCUCCAGCAUUCUACCUCAGAAUCUUGUUCUCAGUGUUCUCCUGUUCUCUGAGGAAGUGAGAGAGUAACUUGUACACAUUAGGUUGUCAAUAGACAGUUCAAAUGCAAGGUACCAUUCCUCCACUGAAUUGUUUGUUCGUGGUCGAUUGUCCUGUACACGAUUUCUAACAUUCCAUAAUGCUAUUGGAAAUCUUGGAGUCACUAUGCAGUUUCGUCUUUGGCGACCAAUAGAGUUGUCCUCCCAAUAGUCAUACGAAUUCCAUACAACAUCUGUCCGAGGUUCAUUGAAAAAGAUAAAGACAUCAACAAAAAUGAUGCCCAGGACAUUAAAUAACUAAUAAUCCGGUAUCCUUUUACACAUCAUAUAUAACUCCCUGCUAUUUUGUCUUGCGCUAUUUUGUCGGGAAAUUUUGCGCUUUUUUGUCGGCGCUAUUUUGUCCGCGCUAUUUUGUCCGCGCUAUUUUGACGGGUCACCGUUUAGAGGUGAAGUAACAUUUGAGAAUGAAAGACAGUGACUGUGAUAAAAGUGAUAUAGAAUUCAUAGGCUAGAGUGAGUGUGUUUGUUUUGGCACUUUAAAGCAUGCAGUUCCAGUUACACGUAACAUACAUUACAAUACACUGGUCACAAUACACUGGUCAAAAAGGGGGGCGGUUGCUAAAAUGUGGUAAGUUCUAUUAAAAGUGUAAAUAAUAUAGUGGGAGGUUAGGGUCAGUAUUAUGUGAGCGUUUGCAGGAUGUAAUUACAAAAAUGCCCACCCUAAAAAUAUAAAACUUAGCAUAUAAAAUAUUUCAAAUAAGAACUGAAAAGCUGAAUAGUCAGAUCGUGUAAAUAAGACUAUUGGGUGUGGAGAGAGAGAAGUAAUAGCUAAAUUUACAGGCUGGUCGAACUGAAUGCAGAUUGAAGAAUAAGCUAACCAAAGGAAUGUAUAUGGGGGCAGGGCCAGGGAGAGUUUUAAUCUUAAGAAGUAAGUAUGAGAAGAAGGGGGAUGGGGGUCCAUUGCGAAAAAACUAUAGAGUCUGUUAACAAAUCAAAAGGGCUAACCUUUUUUAUUUGAACGGGCAACACUGCAUCUGACAUAUGUAUAACUUGUUACAUGUCUUGGUACUUAUGAUGGGCGUUUACCUUGUCAUUAUUACUUACUUACUUAAUCCUGUGUACUAACAGGGGAGCAUAGGACCGCAACCACACCUCUCCACCGAACUCGGUUCUGAGCAUUAUCAUUAUCAUUGUCAUUAUUGCCUCUGUAGAAUUUGUUUAUAGAGAUGUUUAUAUUGUACAUGAAAUGUCUUGGAAACAAAGUACACUGUGUCAGAUAGCCGGAACUUUGGCAAAACUGUCCAGUGAAACGUCCACUUUUUUAUUCUGCUCAUAACACUUGAAAUAUUUCUGACCAUUAGAUUUCCUUUUGCUCAGAACCAAAUCUCUUGUUUGAGUAAAUAUGUUUAAUUUCUUUAGCUUGAUGUAUAGGGUUUCUUUUGUCUUUGAUAUCCACAAUGUAUCGUGAUAUGUCAUCUUUUCUACUUAUGAAAUGUAUCUUGGCUUUCCUUUAAAAAAGUUUUAUUUUAUUAAUUUGACUCAUUCAGUAACAAUAUUUCUUAUACAUUAGGUAAGCUCAUAUUUAUGUAAUAGUUCUAGUUUACCUAUCAAAUCUGCCUUAAAUAUAUUUUUAUAUAAUACAGUACCACGUAUUUACAAAUACUGGACAGAGUUUAAGAGUAGAAAGUCCCUACCCUUAGAGAAUGUUUGAAAUUUGUGAUUACAACCUUAUGAUAUCAGAUAUGGGUGAGAGCAAAGGUUUUAACAUAGCUUUAGUAAUCAAACAUAAUGUCAUCGGCUUUGAAAAAAAAAUAUUCGUUUUUAAUCCAAAAAUAAUCAAGGAAAAACAUUUUUUAAAUACUUAAAAAGAAACAAAAAAUGUGUAAUCGGUUUUGUUGUUGACCAAUUAGCUAGUUUAGAUCAGGCAUGCAAUUUAAGUGUAACAGAUCUAUACAAACAACAAUAAAUCUAUGAAAUUAGAAACAAUUUCAGCAAUUGUUAUUGGUUAGCACGCAAUUUAAGUGUAACAGAUCUAUACAAACAACUUUAUGUCUAAAUCGCAGAUGUGUUUAAAUAUUGUUUUAAAAAUAUAUUUUAGAUUUACUUUAGAUUUUACUUUUAGAUUUGUAUAUUCACAUUAUUCGUAUCUCUAUGGCAUCCAUUCACUGUAUUAAAUACAUUAUUGAAGCUAUAUCUCAAUUUAUCAUGAAAAAGAUAUAUACAUGAUUGGGUCGUCGUGUCUCUACAGGAACGGAAAGAAAAACAUUUUUAAAACGAGGAAAAAUAGAUUUUCUUAAUAUCAUUCAUAAUUCAGAUUCUUUGUCGACCUGUAAUCAAUAUUAAAGCAAAAUAAAAGCAACGUCGAAUGAGUUUUUGGCAACAGCAAAAACACAAUUCUCCCUCCCCACACAGCUCUCCGUCUCUACAGCAGUUCUCACUCUCUACAUAGCUAAUCUACACAGUGAAACGACAAGUGCGGAGUGUAGCAAUGUGCUGCAAAGUAUAUAAGCUAAUGAUUUAUAUUUUCCUUUUUUGUUAGUUUAAAAACAAUUGAGGCACAUCUUUAAUGAAUAAUAAGACGAGUUUUUAAGCUAUUUGCUAAAUAAUCUCCCUGUAUUUCAAUGAUUACAUAAAUAUGUCGUUUCUGCUAAAUCAUAAUAAUAAUAAUAAUAAUAAUCUUUAUUGUCCGUAUGGAAAUUUGUCUUACAAUUUGUGCAUUACACCAAAUAAAAAACAUUAUAACUAUAAGAAACCAAAGAGUACAUUCACACCAGACUCACUCAUAAUUUACAUGUGUCAAAGUUUAUAUCAGAUUGUUCUUAUUUAAUGAUUUGAUUGCCAGGGGAACAAAAGAGUGUUUGUGUCUGUUUGUCUUUGCUAUCGGUGUCUUGUAUCUUUUUUGGUGAUGGUAAAAUUACAAAAUCCUGACACAAAGGGUGAUUCUUUAUUUCGAGGAUCUUGUUAGCUUUUUUAUAGAGGUUUGUCUCAAACAACUGCCCAAAUGGGGUUUGUUUUUUGCCAAUGAGAUAUAUUAUUCAUUGUUUAUAAUAGUUGACAACGCAUGGUCUAAAUAAAGUGCAUUUAAUGUUUUUUUUUCCAUUGUACAAUCGACAUUUUACUUAAUGUCUAAAUUUGUUUUAGCGCACUUCAUUUCUAAACUUAGUUUGAAGAUUAAUGACUAAGGACUAAAAUAGGAAUAUAUUUCGCCUUAAGAUUACCGAUUUGUGAUAUUUUCUAAAAUAUAAAAUUUUGCUAGAUUGUAAAGAGUUUUCGAUAAAAUAGCUAUCUUUAAAAAAUGUUUGUAUUUUUUACAUAUAUUUGUACUUAACGUUAAAAUAUAUUUAUGAUUAAAUUUAACAAAACACAUUUUUGUAUUUGUUUAAAAAUAUAUUUAUAUUUAAAUUCAAGACAAGACAUAUU